UGCGCAUGCGCACCCUGGUGAUGUGCAUUAUUUGGGAUUCGUUGUGAGCGAGAAGUCUGCGGACAUGUUUUUCUCAGCAGUAUGUCUCAAAAAGUAGACAAGAAAGCAGGAGACAGGAGUGGGCGAGUGGGGAGGGAGGAAGAGGAGGAGGACUAUGGCGACUACACCACUCGCUGCAUCUGUGGCUACGUUCACGACGACGGGUUCAUGGUCCAGUGUGAUGGCUGCAGUGUUUGGCAGCAUGUGGAGUGUAUAACAGUCAACCCAAACAACCUUCCUGACAAAUAUCUCUGCGAAGUGUGUCACCCGAGGCCAGUGGACAAGAAGAGGGCGCGACAGCUGCAGCAAAAGAAAAGGGACGACAUAUCUGCUGAUGUGGAUGAUAUGAGCCCGAGGGACAACCGAAGCGAUCAUCGCAAGCCACUCCCCCACCCCUUGGGUAACAAAAGAAGACGAAAGCAGUCCAAAGACGGCGAAAGUAAACCGCCGUCUGCUGAGACCAAAAAGACAAAGAAAGAGAAGGUGGAGGGGAGGAAGGGGUUUAGGAAGGGCUCUGGAGGGAAGGGGGUGGGGGGAGGGGGCCAAGGAGGGAAGAUGGGGAGUAUACAGUGUCUGCUGAAUGCCGCCACCCUGCUGGAUGAGGAGAAGGAGGGAGGGAGGGGUGUGGGGGGAUGCUAGCUCGUGGAAAGAGCUUUGGUCUGCCAACAACAGCCCGUGGUGCGAUAAGUACGACACCGCAGAGCACAACAGAGUCUCAGAGAGUGUGAGACAGUUUGUCUCCUCCCACCUCAACCAGCUCAAGUCUGAGGCCGUGGUGUUUGGACAGCAGGAAUACAGCAGCAUGGAAAACCACACCCACCCACAGUGUAGUGUGACGGAGGUCCAGAGGAGGAGGAUGGGAGUUGUGGCUCAGAUGGAGGUCCCAGAGGACGAACUGGUUCUGGAGUAUAAGGGAAAGGUGUCAGUGAUGUCGUCAGUGUUAGCCGACUACCCUCCGGGGACCAGGUCGCUAUGGAAACAGAAACCUUGUCCGUUUGUCUACAUCUACGACAAGAUCAGUGACUUGGACAUCUGUAUCGAUGCCAGGGAGUAUGGAAACUUGGCACGGUUCAUCCGUCGAUCCUGUGCCCCGAACUCCGAACUACGCCAUUUCUUUGUCGGCAGUGAGCUCCAUUUCGGCGUCUACGCCACCCACACCAUCUCCGUCUACGAGGAAAUAACUCUUCCGUUUGAUUUCACCAUCGAGAAAUGCGAUUACCCUCUGGAAUGUGGGUGUGGUCAUAAGAAUUGCGUGGUUGUGCGUGCAUCGCGUGGACGGGGGAGAGGGGGAGGGGAUGAGGCUGUUGGUAAGGUUUCUGGUAAACCACACCCACCCCAGCUCGUAGCUCCGCCCCCUCACGACGAGGAUAGCAACUCUAGUUGGACCAGCUCCUCUGGGACACGUCAGAAACCGCGAGGCCAUGCCCACCACCAGCAGACGAGCAAUCUGAUUGGUCGGUUGUCUUCCGGGGGUGGGACGGGAGGGGAGGGUGGGAGUCACGAGGGGAGCAGCGACAGCGAAGAUGAGUCUGGCGAGAGGAAAAAGAAAGUCAAGUCGCGAGAGGAGAGGAAGGCAGAAGCAGUGAUGAAGGUGUUCCAAAGAAUGGAGGCCAGUUCUCAGAGGAAGAGGCGCCACUUCACGUCAGAGGGGAGUGCCGACAGCGAUACCCUCUCCCCCUCCUCCUUCCACCCCCUCACACCCUCACAGAAGGUUGCCACGGCAACCCAACGAGAGAGGCGUGGUUCCACGGGCAGUGCUCGAAGACCCCCCGUCCUUCCUCCUGCCAAAAUGCGAUUGUCGAGUGUCUCAUCAAAUGAAGGAGUAUCGACCGCUGAUCUCCCAGAUGCAUUCUCUCCUCCAGUCACACCACGAUUAGCAGCUCCUCUGGCUUCCCCCCACCCCCUUCCCUCCUCCCUCCCCUCCUCCCCUCUCCACACCUCCACCUACAUACAGUCACCAACUGUUCGAUUUACCCCAGAUCUUCAACCGCAGUAUCUACUGAUGCAGUUCCCUCUACCUCUUAAGAAGGCUCUACUGAGGCAGUGGGAGGCUGAGAAGCACGGUAUCCAUGGCGACAACGGUGGGCCACGCCCCCUGUGGCCUCGUGAUGACGUCACUCAAAGGAACGGCUAUCUCUCGACCGUGUGGCCUGGUGGAGACGUACUCCGACCCCGGGAACGUGGCUCUCUGAAACACAGGUGGAUGAAAAAGUAUUCAGAGGAAAAGACGGAGAAUGAGGAGAAAGAGAACCGAUCUUCCAACUCCACAUUUUCUGUUCCCUUGAAGCAAAGACUCCUGCAUAGAUGGCAGGAGAGACAGACAGACCUCUCGCUCCAGACCACGCCCAUAGCCGUUCCAGUCUGCAAUACCACGACCAUCAGCUCCUCGUUGUCCAGUGGUGUCGACUGUGGACUGGCUCCGUCCAUUGGCCUACAGGAGAGGGAACCGUCUCCGCUGUUUGAAGAAUUCUCUGACAGUGAGUUUGACUCAGUGAGGGAAGACAGAGAGAAAGAAGAGGAGGAGGAAGAAGAAGGAGUGGCAGAGGUCACCGAGACUCGAUUUGGAGGGACAAGUGGCAAUGAUAAUCCAACACCUCGUGUCAGCGAUGUCGCAACUCCUGUGUCAAGAGACGGAGAGCCUGAGAGGGGUGUGGUUGAUGACGUCAUUGCAGGUGUUGGAGCGGGGCAGAAGGGAGUGUGCGAUGGCAAGGAGGGGACGGUAAGGAGUGAAACGGUGGAAAGGACGGAGGUUGUUAGGAAGAUGCGAUCGUUGGAGGAGCUAAUGUCGGAAGAUAUGGGGAGAGGAGAAGGGGAGGAGGGGAGGAGUGGGGGGAAGUCCCUGGAAGAGCUGAUGGUAAUGGAUGUAGCGAUCAGUGGUGGGGGAGAAUUGGGGGGGAGGGAGGGGUGAGGAGGGAGAGAGGCGAGGGGGACGGUGCCAUGUUUGCAUCAACUGACCCAAGAGAGGUAGCUGGUCAGCAGCAACUGUCACUGACUAAAACUCCAGUGAAGAGAAAAAUAAACCUUUCUGAGUAUCGCAGUCGUGUUAGGAAACCUCCAGCAGCAGAGCCGAGAAGGGAUUCCUCCUCCUCGUCAGACACCUUCACCCCCUCCCACCUCACAACCUCACCAUACUCACUGCUCCCCACCCCAUCGGGCGGGGCACUCAUGGGCGAGGCUCUGCCUCCUCCUCCGCCCCCUGCGCCCCAGUUUGAGCCCGUCAGUCCAGAUGAUUCCGAGCCGGCACAACUCCACUCCGAAGGCCCCACCCAGCGAGGACUGGGAAGUGUCGGAGUAAUGCCUGGACACAUUCCUCUCGGGGUCCUCCCGGGCGUGGCAACCACACCCAUUCCCCAUCCUGCCCCACCCACUUUCAUGCCUCCAGGAUCUCAUACUCCCACUCCGUAUGGAAUGGAGACCAUGUGGACUACACCUCAAUUAGAGCCCUCCCAGGAUCCACGACGUCAUGUGAUGGGUGGGGCCAGCCACGGAGGACUACUGCCACACCCACCGCCACACCUACCUCCUCCUCAUCCAGGAGCCCCACCCCACAUGAUUAUGUCACAACCUCCUCACAACUAUGGCCCCGCCCGACGACCCCCGCUAUUUCACCCCCGACCCCCAGGGGGCUCUGGAGGAAUGUACUAAUUUACCCUGAUUCUCAUGCACACACCAAUAAUCUUCUUCGUGUUUUUUUGCGUUAAAGAAAUAACACUACAUAAUUAUUGAUGUGAAAGCCAAGACCAUAAAAGAAUCAAUUCCAUGACCAAGGCAUUUUGCUGUCAAGUCAAUUUCCUCCACACAAAUUGACCGAUAUCAAUGUGACGAAACGAGGUGGGCGUGGUCUUCUGUCCAGAGAAGCCAUACAGUGAGCUGACCUCGCCCAUGACUAGAACGUUCACGGUGUCCAUGGCAACGUCCCUGUCUGUAAUGAGGGGUGUGGUCACAUAGAAGAGCUGUUUCUCAGACGACGAUCCACAGAGUACUCC